AUGAAGUUCAUCCUUUUGGUUCUUGCUGUCAUCGGUACUGCCUCAGCUGGCUUUGUCGCUCCAGCAUUCAAUGGAUACCCUGCUCCAGUUGUUACUGCUGCUCCGGCUGCCGCUUAUCCGGGAGCAUUUAUUAAACCAGUGGCUUAUUCUGUUCCUACUGUGACCGCUACCCCCGUGUCAGCUUAUUCUGCUUCCUUCGUUAAGCCACUUGCCUAUGGUGCUCCAGGAAUUGCUGCUAGUCCAGAUGAUUAUUCGGCUCAACUCGGAUAUGCUGGUCCAACUGUGUCUCCCAUCGCUGCUGGAUACAUUGCCCCAGUCAACUCCUGGAAGAAAAAGGCUUCUGCUUAA